GGCACGAAGAGCCGCAGCGGCGGCCGGGGAGGGAAAUGCACCGCAAAAAGGUCGCGGUGGCAGCAAGCCCAGAGGAGAAGAGCCGCAGCGGCGGCCGGGGAGGGAAAUGCACCGCAAAAAGGUCGCGGUGGCAGCAAGCCCAGAGGAGAAGAGCCGCAGCGGCGGCCGGGGAGGGAAAUGCACCGCAAAAAGGUCGCGGUGGCAGCAAGCCCAGAGGAGAAGAGCCACAGCGGCGGCCGGGGAGGGAAAUGCACCGCAAAAAGGUCGCGGUGGCAGCAAGCCCAGAGGAGAAGAUCCACAGCGGCGGCCGGGGAGGGAAAUGCACCACAAAAAGGUCGCGGUGGCAGCAAGCCCAGAGGAGAAGAG